AUUGGGCACCCUGUGUAAACGCAGCCUAAGGGUAAUUUGGCGAACCACCCAUUUUCAUUGGUUAGCGCCCAUGUGGAUGUCUCUUUGCAGGCUAAUGUUGGGCUUCAUGAACAGCUGUGCCUUCCUCUCCAUGUGGGUCCAAAACACAUCCGCCGUUGCCAUGGUGAUGCCCAUCGUUGAGGCAAUCAUUCAGCAGAUCUUGAAUGCAGAGGGAGAAGGUGAGCAGCGCCAGCGAGCAAUGACAGGCACCAGCAACCUUGGCCUAGAACUGGAAGGUGAGGAAGCACAAUAAUGAUCCAUACAUUACCCACAUAACUUAGUUAUUGGUAGGAAUUUAAGAUUUGGAAGAUUCAGAACUCCACAUUAUUCCUACAGAGACUGAGGAACCGUGUGAGAAAAAUGAAGAACCAAUAAGGUAUUUUGGAAUUCCUCUGCAUAUAUUUAAUUACUUCAAAAUGUCCUUACCUUAAAAGCAGUCAAUGAAGAAGGAGAGACCGCAAUCCAAGAUUUUGAUUUGUUUACACUGUCAACAACUGUUUGAUAACGUAAACAUUUUCUUUAGCAUUGUAUCAAUUGUCCUCAUACCUUGUCCUGCUUUAAUUUCACAUUUGUAAUUCUCUUUUUUACCUCUGGUAGAGCAAAUAAGGAACCAGAUGAAACGGAGUACACUACUCCAGAGGAAGCACCCUCUCAGACCAAUGUACGUUGUACAGGUAACUGCCAAAAUAAAGGAAAUAACACCUACGUAAAGUGUCUUAGGGCGUUGGGCCACCAUGAGCUGCCAGAACAUCUUCAAUGUGCCUUGGCAUAGAUUCUACAAGUGUCUGGAACUCUAUAGGAUGGGAUACGACACCAUUCUUCCAUAAGAAAUUCCAUAAUUUGGUGUUUUGUUGAUGGUGAUGGAAAACGCUGUCUCAGGCGCCGUUCCAGAUUCUCCCAUAAGUGUUCAAUUGGGUUGAGAUCUGGUGAUCUGGUUUAAACCCCCUAUGCUCUUUUGAGACCCCCAUUUCAAAAGUCACAGAUCUCUUCUUCUAGCCCUGGUAGCCAAAUUAAUGGGCAACUGGGCAUUUUUAUACAUGACUCUAAGCAUGAUGGGGUGUUAAUUGUUUGUUUUUUUCAACAAAAAAAUUUAACAUCUGUUUUCAAUAUAAUUUGUAUCCCUCGUUUACUUAAGUGUUUCCUUUAUUUUGGCAGUUACCUGUAGAUGGCUCACUUAUCAAAAGCUUAUAACACUGCCAUAGCACUGUAUCACAAUGGGCUAACAAGGUAAAGACAGUAAAUUACACACUACUAUCUAUUUUGUCUUCUUAAAGGCGAUUGGGCAAAAGAUAGAGGGGCGCUACCGGACUAAGAGAGAACACAUGAUGUGCAAGGGGCUGUGCCUAAGCAUCGCAUACGCUUCCUCUAUAGGAGGGAUUUCCACCCUGACUGGGACCUCCCCCAAUCUCAUCUUUUCAGAGUACAUCCAUCAGUGAGUUCUUAAUCAGCUAUAUCUAGUGGUGGUCAGACUUUAUAUACACAAUGCAUAUCACAGGAAGCAGCUGAGGGGAGAACGGCUCAUAAUAAUGGCUGGAACGGAGUGAAUGGCAUCAAACACUUCGAAACCAUGUGUUUGAUGUAUUGAUACCAUUCCACCUAUUCCGCUCCUAUCAUUACCACAAGCCCGUUCUCUCCAAUUAAGGUGCCACCAACCUCCUGUGACAUAUCCCUAUACUGUAUGCAAUAGAAAUCUUGAGAAUGCAUCGUAACAGAGGAAUACAAGUGGCUUGGUCAAUGAUUCAUAGAGUAUGAUAGAAAGGGUUGCACUCUGUACGGUGCAAUACUGCUGUAUACUUGAACAUGCUAAAAUGUUUAUUAUAUUCUACUGAGCCAUUUACUUCAUGUUCGUAUUAUUAUAUUUCAUUAUUUAUUGUUGUUGCAUUGUCGAGUAGGAACCUUUUAGUAAGCAUUUUGUUGGACGGUGUAUACCAUGUAUCUUGUACAUACAACUAAUAAAACUUGAAACAUCUCCAUUCAAUGACAGGUUUUACCCAGAAUGCACCUCCGUAAACUUUGGAAACUGGAUCGUCUUGUGUCUGCCAAUCAGCAUCAUUGCUUUGCUGUUGUCAUGGAUAUGGCUGCACUGGAUGUUCAUCGGCUCAGAGUGAGUAAACACCAUUUCAAGGCGUUAAUGAGCAUUUCACCAUUUCUUCACUCAAUACUCCAGUUUCUCGCUUGUCUCAUCAGAUCACUGUUGUCGUUAACCUAAAUCGGCCUCAUCCUUGACCCUAAGUAUCACACCUUAUCCGUUCGGUGUUCUUUCCUUGCCAUUCCUCCCUCCCAUCACUCUCUCUUUUAUGUCUUAACUUCUCACUCAAACACUAUUUUACACCAGGGCUCUCUGCCUGUCACUGUAAAGGUAACCACCAGUCCCACAGGGCAGACUGGCCUGCAUGAGUAAUUUAUUAACUGAAAGGCUUACUCAUGAUACAACAAGAGAGAAUGGGUUAAUCAUCUGUACAGCACGUGUCAAACUCAAGAGCCCAUUUAAUCCUGCCCGCGGCAACAUUCGUUGUUUUUUUUCUGGAAAAAACGAUCAUUGAAAUUACUAAAACCAAUUUGAAACUGUGUAGAAAUCAUAAUGGACGUACAUUUAUAGUUUCUUCACUCGGUCCAGCUUGCCAACAGUCAUCGAAGCAAACGCUAGAAAGUCAGGAAGCAUCGACAAUUGGUAACAGUCAUCUAAACAAAAGCUAGAAAGUCAGGAAGCAUCGACAAUUGGUAACAGCCAUCUAAACAAAAGCUAGAAAGUCAGGGAGCAUAGAAAAUUCCAAAAGCGAUGGAUAAAGAACAAUGUUUUGCAAAUUUUGAGGAAAUAUAAUCAAUUUUAAGUGCGGCCUUCCGGACCUAGCCUCGUACACACCAUCCUGAUCUCGCGAGCUCACAUUAUGUUUCGCUACACGGAUAGCGAAACAGAAUGUGAGCUCAUGAGAUCAGGAUGAGGCUACUCCGGACCUUGGUCACGAUCGAAUGUGGCCCGUGGGCAAAAAUUAUUUGAAACCCUUGGUCUACAUAAUUGGGGGAAGCCCCAUUAACGCAUUGCUGACUGUCAUGUUAAUUGUCCUGUUUGAAGCAGUUGUUUUCCCUGAAUGGCACAACUAUGUUUGUAUGCUUUGAAAAAUGAAUUGCAUUGCAGGCAUGUCUUCCUUCAACAAUGUAAUGUGUUCAAUAAACCCAUGCAGCUUCAGGGUGCUGUUCCGUCCUAGUGGAGAGCGCUCCGAGAGAGAGACUGCAACAGCCAGGGUCAUAGAGGAGGACUACAACAAGCUGGGGCCUACGAGGUGACCCUUAAAGCUUUACCCCCUCUUUUCUUGUUUGAAUAUCUGUGUUGAUUAGAAAGUUCACGCAUACUUUUGUUUGAGAGUGUCUGUGUAUUGCAGGACAUCCGAUCCUAACAACCUGUUUUCUUCCCCCUUGUUUCAGUCCCCAGGAGGUUGUGACCGGGGUGAUGUUCAUCCUGAUGGUGGCGCUGUGGGUCUUCAGAGACCCUGGAUUUAUGCCAGGCUGGGCCUCAACCUUCCUCCCUCAGUGAGUUCAAUACCCUCUUCUACUAUAACUUUUGCAGCGCAGCGCCACUCCCCAGCAACGCAUGUUUUAAAAAGGUUUUGUGAAAUGGGACUAAAAAGGCACAUGUCCUCAUUCUCUUCAUAUAGAUAUGCGGGCUAUAUCAGUGACGCCACUGUGGCCCUACUGCUGGGGCUCGUGUUCUUCAUCAUGCCAGCACACAAGCCUUCUGCAGAUAAACACGGUAUCAAAUAUGGUACGGUACCCCGAAUAGCAUUACACCUGGGCAUACUCACAGAGAUGGUCACUCAUAAGAAUGAUAACUGGCUACAAUUUAACAGUAAAGCGUUUCCCCAGUGCACCCACAAUUUUUCUUGUCGUCGCAUAAACUAUUGCACAGAUUGUGUUUCUGUGGCAGCGUAACACAGGCUUCAUGAUGGUUCAACUUUCGGUUUCUCUGUUUCUAGAGGCCAUGAUCUCGUGGAAAGAGUUCCAGGCCUGUAUGCCAUGGGAAGUCACCCUACUUGUUGGUGGGGGCUUUGCACUUGCUGAGGGCACCCAGGUACCAUCUAGUCUAAAACCUUUACGCUCCAGCCAUAUCAUAAUCUCAGUGCUUCAAUGUGUCAAGGAAAUUAGUCACCCCUGUGUUAAAAGUAUUCCAAGCUUCUUAGGCUAUUUAGACAGGAAGCCCAAUUCUGAUCUUUUUUGACCAAUCAGAUCAGUAUCUGAAAAAGAUCUGAUGUGAAAAGAUCUGAUGUGAUUGGUUAAAAGACCAAUUAGUAGAAUAAAUAUCAGAAUUGGACUGCCUGACUAAACGCAGCCGUAUAGACCAUGCCCUACUUAUACAGCCAAAGGUUUGUAGCUAUCGCACUGAUGUUGUCUGACGCUACUGUCACAUUUCUUUGUGUCAUUUGUAUGAAUAUAGAAUGAAUGUAUACUAGGACGAAGGCUAGACAUCCACACGCUGUCAAUGUAUGGGGAAAUGUCCCAUGACGCUCGCUAAUAAUAAAACGUAUCUACAGCAUUCCUACAGUCUGUCUGUCCCAACUGCAGGUGUCUGGUCUGUCCUCCUGGGUGGCAAACCUGCUAUCUCCUAUGGGGAGCCUCCCCAUCAUAGCAACAGUCACCAUUGCCUGUGUCCUUGUCACCUCAGUCACAGAGCUGGCCAGCAAUGCAGCCACCAUCACCAUCUUCCUCCCCAUCCUUGCCCCUCUGGUGCGUUCAGAGAUAUAUUUUCCUCUGAGUUAUGAAUUAUUUGAUUGCAAUAUUAUUUAUUUCCUGUUUAUCCCUUUGUUCCACUGUAAAUUGUCUGCUAAAUGACAGAAAUGUUAUGCAAUAUAAUUUCUCAGUGGCUAAAAACCAUUAAUGUAAUGGAACGGAUACUGCAGUUGGGGGAUCAUUAGCUGCAAUAUGAACAUGUUGCAAAAAUAACUUAUUCUGCUACUAUAAUAGACAUACAAAAAACAAAACAAAAAACGGUUUCUUGUUUUGACGUGUAUCUGAAUGCCUCUUCUUUCCCAUGCUCCAUGAAUGGCAGGCCGAAACUAUCCGUGUGAACCCGCUCUACAUAUUGAUACCCACAACCCUCUGCACAUCCUUUGCCUUCCUGCUUCCCUCAUCCAACCCUUCCAAUGCCAUUGUGUUUGCCUAUGGCCACCUCACCACCAUGGAUAUGGUGAGUGCACAUCGCCUCAAAGUAUAUGCACUACACAUAGGCCAGUUUCAAAGAACCAGGUUGAAUUAAUCCAGAAGGGCUAGUUCUGGUUUAGUUUACCCGGUAUACAACACAAACCCUCAUUAGUACACAGGUCAAAGCCUGUUGACCUACCACUAGGUCUGGCGCCCAGGCUAAUGAAUGCUAACCAUGGCUUUAUGCUUGUCUAAUGCUGCUUGAUUAUUGUCAUUUCAGGUGAAGGCGGGGAUUGGUGUGAAUGUAAUCAGUGUCCUUGCAGUGUUAUUGGCUGUGACAACAUGGGGAAUUCCACUGUUUGACAUGGAUACUUACCCUGAUUGGGCACCUACUCCACCCACGUCAAACAUCACUGGAUGGUGAAGUCAGUCAGGAAAACACUAAAUACGGUGCCGUAGAGUGUUUGUCUAAUGCUGCGUUCAUGCACUCUUCAGAAGUUGGACACUGUACUAUCUGACAAGGAAAGUCAAGGUACAACCAUAUUACCACAAUGUUCCCCAAUUGAAUUUCCAACAUGGAAGCUGAUAAGUGAAGUUGGAUGGAGCUUUCCAGGAGAAAUUACAAAAUGUCCAAUAACAGAUGAUAACAGCAUUACUGUCAGGAAAAUACUUAAAAUGGUCAAUGGCAGAAUGUAUCCUUUAGUUGCACUCCUAAACCUCACCUCAAGCUCAGCCCCAACCAUCCUCCCUCUCGGGUUCUAUGUUAGGAUCCAUUCUAAUAGGGAGUUGGGGCUAAAGGUGAGGAUUCUUCAUGUGCCAGAAUGUUUAAUUUAUUGGACGUCUCACUGAUCCUUUAACACAAUAGCAGGGGAGACCAUUUAGAAAGAAAUCAACUUCUGCAGGAAAUAUUUACAAUAAAUUAAUCGACAUGUAUCAUUGUUUUUGUAUAGGAAAUAUAAUUUUGUAUUAUGAAUACAGGACAUUGUUGCUCCAAGGACGAAUUGAUUUCAGUUCAUUUGUGCACAAUGUCUUUUAUUUUCAAUGCUGAAGCGUGACAGAGAUCAUGAGCUCCUGAUUACCCCAACGACAGAGCAAGGCAGUGAGAAGCUAUUUUUGACAACAAUAACAUGGAAUCCCAAUGCUCUGAAUCGAUGUUUGUUUAAUAUUUUAUUAGGAUCCCCAACAAGCCGCUACCAAGGCUCUUCCUGUGGUCCAAACAGGAA